CUAGGCUGGCAAUGGCCAUAUAGGCUUAGGGGAGACCUUGGAGUACUGCUGUGGUGCAGAGAGGCGGCACGCUGCUUUUCUCAUGCCCAAUAAAAUACUCUUUUUCUGCGCUAGGGAAACACAAUGUGAGGGCAGAUUUCCCCUUAUACUCAGACAGGGAAGGGUUUACAAGGGCUGCUUAUUCCGCCAAUGGGAGCACAGAACGCGCCAGGCUCAGCAGCCAAUUACAGCACAGCAGGCACCGUAUAUAAAAGACGUCAGACAGCGGCUUGUGUAGUAUUACUAUUUGUUGGUGAAAAAAAGUGACUUUGCGCUAACAUGGCAGAAACUGCACCAGCUGUCGCCGAUGUCCCGCCGUCAGAGGGCGCAGCCAAAAAGAAGAGGCAGCCGAAGAAAGCUGCAGGGGGAGCCAAGAAAAGCGGCAAGUCUUCCGGGCCCAGCGUCUCCGAGCUGAUCCUAAAGGCAGUGGCCGCCUCCAAGGAGCGCAGUGGAGUUUCUCUUGCCGCCCUGAAGAAGGCUCUGGCUGCCGGAGGCUACGAUGUGGAGAGGAACAACAGCCGCAUCAAAGUGGGGGUGAAAGGAUUAGUGACCAAAGGAACUCUCACCCAAGUGAAAGGCACCGGCGCUUCCGGCUCCUUCAAGCUCAAUAAGAAGCAGCUGGAGAGCAAGAAGGCCGCCCAGAAAUCUCUGAAGCCCAAGAAACCAGCGGCAAAGAAAGUGGCCAAAUCCCCGAAGAAGCCCAAGAAAGCUCCGAGUGCAGCCAAGAGCCCCAAGAAGGUGAAGAAACCCGCUAAAGCGGCUGCUGCCAAAAGCCCAAAGAAGCCUAAAGCCGUGAAGUCUAAGAAGGUGGCCAAGAGUCCCGCCAAGAAGGCAGCGAAGCCCAAAGCCGCCAAGAGUCCGGCCAAGAAGGCAGCGAAGCCCAAAGCCGCCAAAAGCCCGGCCAAGAAGGCAGCUAAGCCCAAGAAAGCUGCGGCCAAGAAGUGAUAAAAGAGCCGCCGCAGCCUCGCUUCCUUGUUAUCCCCCCCAAAGGCUCUUUUCAGAGCCACCCACCCUGUCCAGGCAGAGCUGUAGGCGCACGACGUCACCUGUAGAGACAUUAUUCAUGCCAGCAGCACAGCUAUUAUUCCUACGAUCAGACGCUGCUAGAUUGGGUUAUUUUUUUUAAGGGGUUCCAAUUUUUUUUUUUAUUUUUUUUAUGCAUGUCCGCUUUAUAAUGAGUACAGUAGGUAGAUGUAUUGCAGACUGUUUGAUAUUACUUCAUUGCAGAUGUAAAAUUGCAAGAUUGUUUGGCGCUGUUAUAUGAUUGCACAGGCACAUAUGUAGCUCAGUAUUGGGGUUCUGCUGAACCGCCAUAUCACUGCAGUAGCAUAGCAAUGCCCUGCAAUGUAAUCAUCCAUUACCGCGUGUAGUGCUAAUAGUAGUCCUUUAGUUGGGUCUCUCAGUAAACACAUAAGUGGUCUUGUGCUCCCACGAUUUAAGUCAAACAGCCAUGGCACUGUGCUUUGACCGCGGUGCCGGCAGUGUAACAAUGGAUUCUCCUAAACGGAUACGGCAAAUGAUUGUGCAACCAUUGGAUUUACUACUUGCAUCAAUCCAAGAAAUUGAUCCACCACUAGCUUAAUGUGAGUAAGAAAUAUUAGGGCCCGGC